AUGACGAGCGGUGAUGAAACGAACGAAGGGCAGCAAAACGUCGAGGUGGCAAAAGAGGACCAACCUGAAGCAAACCCAACGGGGAAAAAGGAGAACCACGGCUUCGUAAAGCCCAACAGGAGAGACAAAAAGAUAAACAAAAAGAAGAAAAAAAAAAAAAAAGUGGGGAAAAAAAAGGAAAAGAAAAAUUUAGAGAAACAUGAAUCAAACAGUGCCUCGGGGGACAGCGCAAAAGGUGAUCAUUCUGGAAGCCCCUCGGAGAUGAGUCAAGACAAGGAACAAACAGAAGGGCAACAGAUCUCAUCGGUUGUUUCAUUUUUGAAAAGGAAUGAGAAGCCUCCUCGGUCUAGUGAGAAAGGUGCUCAGUCAAAUAAGAAGCAGCCCACAAUUAAGAAGAAGACAAAAGAGAAACCCCGACGUGAAGACGAAGCCUCUAAAGAAGAUAAAGCUAAGCGAACCGUUUUCAUUGGAAAUUUGCCACUUAAGGACAUGCACAAGAAGAAGCUGCUGAAGUUGUUGGACCUGACGAAGUCUGCCGUCGAAUCGGUCCGAUUCCGGUCGCAACCCAUGGAAGAGGCCUACGCCGGGAGGAAAAAGUUGGGAGUCAUUCUAAAGAAGUUCACGGACGUCAAGGAUAACCAGAACGCCAUCAUUACGCUGAAGAAGGAGGAGAGCGUACCCGGCUUGCUUAACAAAAACGGCAUGGUGCACGAGGGCUAUGUGCUACGAAUCAACAUGCUGGGGGAGAAGCCCAACUUCAACCGGAAGAAGUCUGUGUGCGUGAAAAACUUGGACCGAAAGUUAAACGAGUCAGACCUGUACAAUCUGCUGAAGGGCGUCGACGAGAUAAAAGGCAUCCGCAUUUUGAGGGAUGAACGGACGAGCGUUUCCACGGGAGUCUCCUUUGUCCUGUUCCAAAACAGAAGCUCCGUUAAGAAGGCCAUCGAGAUGUUCCACGGCCACUCAAUAAACGGCCGUGAAAUUGUCGUUGAAAAGAUCCAACGUGCGAACGACACGCGGGAUGCACACAAAGAUAUGACCAGACGAAGCAAACAGGUGAAACGAACCAUUCGGAAGGGUCCCCGGGAGGAGCAGAAGAUAGGCCACGGGAAGGGGCACAAGAUUGGCUACCAAACGGCCUACAGAGCGAAACGAAAGAAGAAGUACGUGCGGCGAAAACGCAGGGGCGGUGAUGCUGCCGCUGGGGAAUAG